AUGAGCCGCCAGCUGCACCUCUACCCCGGCAGGGAGCGCCUGGCCUUCAGCGGCGUCAUUUCGGGCCGGGUCAGCAGCUGCUCCGCCUCGUUUCUGGCCGGCGUCAAGGGCGCGGCCGCCUUCGGCAGCAGGGGCCUCUUCAACCCCGGGGGCGGCCGGCGCCUGGCCCUGGGCACCGCGGUCGGGCGGUCCGUGCUGGGUCCCUGCUCGGUCACCGGCGGCGGCCGCCUGGGCGGCUUCGUGGGCACUGUCUUCGGCAGCGCCAGGCUGGGGCCCACGUGUCCGUCCGUGUGCCCGCCCGGCGGCAUCCCUCAGGUCACCGUCAAUAAGAGCCUCCUGGCCCCCCUCAACAUGGAGCUGGACCCCGAGAUCCAGAAGGUGCGCGUCCAGGAGCGGGAGCAGAUCAAGGUGCUGAACAAGUUCACCUCCUUCAUCGACAAGGUGCGGAUCCUGGAGCAGCAGAACCAGGUGCUGGGGACCAAGUGGGAGCUGCUGCAGCAGCUGGACCCGAACAACUGUAGGAACAACCUGGAGCCCAUCCUCGAGGGCUGCACCAGCAACCUGCGCAAGCAGCUGGAGACGCUGUCCGGGGACCGGGUGAGUCUGGACUUGGGACUGAGGAACAUGCAGGCUUUGGUGGAGGACUACAAAAAGAGGUACGAGGUGGAGAUUAACAGACGCCCAGCUGCUGAGAAUGAGUUUGUGGUGCUCAAGAAGGAUGCGAACGCUGCCUGCAUGAACAAGGUCGAGCUCCAGGCCAAGGUGGACUCCUUGACAGAUGAUAUCAAGUCCUUCAAGUGCCUCUAUGAAGGGGAGAUCCCUCAGGUCCAGUCCCACAUCAGUGACGUGUCCGUCAUCCUGUCCAUAGACAGCAACCGGGACCUGGACCUGGACAGCAUCAUCACCCAGGUCCGCGCCCAGGACGAGCUCAUCGCCCUGGAGAGCAAGGGCGAGGCCGAGGCGCUGUACCAGACCAAGCUGAGCUGAAUCCAGGAGCUGCAGGUCACAGCGGGGCAGCAUGGGUAUGACCUCAAACUCACCAAGGCUGAGAUCUCCCAUCUCAACCGAUGGAUCCAGAGAAUCCGAUUGGAGAUAGGGAACGUAGAGAAGCAGGUGGGUUCUAUGAAAGGAGUCAGCUAA